CACAGAACACAUUCUCUAUUCUGAAUUCAGUUUUCGAACACUUUAAACUUAAUGUGAAACUAACAAUUCAUGUGCCAGUUACAAGCUUAACGAAGCCGUCUUAAUUUCAAGUGCGAAGAAAAGUAAAAGUUCUUCAGAUAUUUGGUUAAAAACCGCUUUCCCGGUGGUCGGCGGACUGAGAUUGAACCGAGACCUACAGGGCUCGCAGGCGCGUGACGUCCCCAGCCACCAUGAGUCGGCUGGCGGGCUUGUUCCGAGCCUCGCUGCAGAAGCACCCCAUCCUCACCAACACCGCAGUUUACUUUACCUUCUACUCGGCAGCAGAGACCUCGCAACAGACUUAUAAUAAGUACUUUACGGCUGAAAAGCCGGACUAUGACAUCGCUACAGGAGCACGCAUCGCUUGUGUCGGUAGCUCCAUCUACGCUCCGUCGCUGUAUUACUGGUACAGAUUUUUGGACCGAAAGUUCGUGGGCACGGCUGUCAAGACGAUAGGAAAAAAGGUUGUUUGUGAACAGUUUUUCAUGACUCCCAUCCUAUUGGCUGUAUUUUACGGACUAAACGCCAUCCUAGAGCAAAAAGAGGACCUAUUCAAGGAGUUCCGAGAGAAGUACCUCAUCUCACUGGCAGCGAACCAGGUGUUCUGGAUCCCGGCCCAGACGGUCAACUUCACGUUCAUCCCCUCACACCUGCGCGUGGUCUACGUGGCCUCGGCCUCCUUCAUAUGGAUCAAUAUACUGUGCUUCAUCAAGAGGAGUAAAGUCAGCGAUGGUGGUGAAAAGGUUGAGAAGAAAUGAGGUGGUUAAAUAGCGUAAAGAGUUGAGUUGAGACAGUGAGGCUUGCUCUUCCACUUUGUGUGAGGUUGUAAAUUUAAUGCUUCAUAAUAGGGAUAACAGUAAAUACCUAUACCUAGUUCAAAUUAUUAGUAAGUAAGCAUGUGUAAGUUUAAAUUUAACUGGAGCAUUCACACUGUGCCAUUCCUAAAAGUGAGAUAUUUUUAAGGAAGCUUUUGUAUACUACGAGCAUUUAUUUUUCAUUAAGUAUACCUACUUAUUUGUUGUUAAACAUGUUGUGUUGUUGGUUAUGAAUAAAAACAUAAGUAUACCAUAGUA